AUGUCAUGCCAAAAUGGCAUACGUCUCACUUAUUUGCUACGAAGGUCCAUGCCAUCGGACAUGCUACUGGCAGCAUCCGCGUCGUGCAGCACGUGGCUACAGGGGUAUGUGGUAAGGAACCAGUCAAAUUCAUCGACGUCAUCUCGACGACGGAGAAUCACAGGUACUAUUAAAUAUUCUUGUAUAAACGCUUUGCUAUGGUACAUGUGCAUCACAGGUGUACCGGCCGAUCGCGGAGGAAGUGCUAUUGAAGAUCUCGUCGUUCCUCGCGUAGUCGCACCGCCUCGCACAUCAGCCAAUUGGUGUGGAGCAACAAAUAUGAGCUUGGCUCUGGAUGAAUUCUUUCGUCGGAAAGCUGUCAGAAACCUUUCUACUGAGAAUGGCCUCAACAACAAGUUAUUUGUCACGGCUUAUAGGUCAUUCCGCGAAUACUGCCUUUGCGAAAAAGGAGGAGUCGAGCCAGCUUUGUUGGUGCUCUUUCAAGACAUAAUCAGAGGAAGUACCGAUGUCGAGAGUCUUUUCCCAUUUUUCCUUGCUCAUGCACGUAAAGUUUUCCCACAUUUGGAAGCUAUGGAUGAUUUACGAAUGAUUUCUGAUCUAACUCAACCUCACAACUGGUACCCUGACGCUCGUACUGUCCAGCGGAAGAUAAUUUUCCACGCUGGGCCGACCAAUUCAGGGAAGACUUAUCAUGCAUUGAAACGGUUUGGGGAAGCCAAGAGUGGGGUGUAUUGCGGACCUCUCAAGCUCUUGGCUUCAGAAGUGUUUACAAGAAGUAAUGAACUGGGUAUCAAGUGCGAUUUGGUGACCGGUGAGGAACGAAGAUAUGCCAUUGACAAUUUCCACCCAAGUGCACACCUCUCUUCCACUGUUGAGAUGUUGUCUACACAGAUGAGAGUGGAG